UCGAUAGCCGUGCUAAUUUCGAUAUUACACAAUGCGGCUUGUUUUUACGGGUAAUUGUGUUUUUAAACGCCUGCUGCACUCCGAAAUAGGUGGAAAGUAUGCCAAACAGCAGCCGCGGAACCUCAAGGGGCGGAGCAAGAGCUCCCAGGAGUGGCUUACGCGACAACUGGCGGAUCCCUACGUGGAAAAGGCCCGUAUGAUGAACUAUCGCUGCCGGAGUGCAUUCAAGCUACUGGAGAUCGACGACAAAUACGAAAUCCUGCGGCCCGGAGGCACAGUUUUGGACUGCGGAGCAGCUCCUGGCAGCUGGACACAGGUGGCCGUGGAGCGGACCAAUGCCAACGGAAAGCAGGAGCGGGCUUCACAGGGAGCCGUCUUCAGCAUCGACCUGUUGCAUUUUCAUGCUGUGCCGGGUGCCACAAUCUUCGGCGGCAUGGAUUUCACUACUUCUCUGGCGCAAAAGCGGCUGAAGGAGGCGUUACAGCACAGAAAGGUCAACUGCGUGCUGUCCGACAUGGCGCCCAAUGCCACCGGAGUGAGGAUGCUGGACCAGGAGAGCAUCACCAACCUCUGCUACGAGGUGCUACGCUUUGCACUGGCAAUGUCUGCUCCGCAGGCACAUCUCGUGGUCAAGGUGUGGGAUAAUGGUGACGUGCCCAAGCUGGAGCGGGAUAUGCUUAGGUUUUAUGAGAAGGUGAAGAGAGUAAAACCGCGCGCUAGCCGCGGAGAUUCCGCCGAGCACUUCCUUUUGGCCAGGAACUUUAAAGGAGCAACGGAAAGUUAAUUGUUAACGGCCUUUUGCCAGUCUACUCUAACUUCUUUUGGAUAGGAUAAGGGGAGGUAAACUUAUUUGUUUAAAUAAAAAAUGACUUGAACUUGCAUCAUCUUACAA